AUGUUACUUCCUAACUAUACAUGUGUAGAAAUUGAUAAGGCAGUGAUCGCUGUGACAGCUAAACGUAAAACCUAUACGGAAGUAUCAGAGGAGUUUGGAGUCCCGAGGACAGUCAUAUUUAACCGUAUAAAAGGACAAAAGACUCAUAUUCAUAAGCAAAGUGAAAAAGAAUGGAGUUUUGAUGGAAUAUCUACUAUAAAAAAUAUUAUAAGAAAAGCAGAAAAACAUGCUAUUUCGAAAACACACUUGAAAAAUCAAGAACAAUUUCAUCUUCUGGGAAAAAUUCGUAUUGAACAUGCCAUUUCAAAAGGUCGGCGACUAGCAGCGCAAAAACAUAAUGAACAAGUUGGUGUUAACAGACGAAUAUUAGCUCGAAUGAUUCAUGUAGUUUGCUAUUUGGGGAAACAAGAACUCGCUUUCCGACGUCAUCGAGAUAAUACUAAAUCAUUAAAUAGAGUCACAUCAAAUACCAUUCAAAAUGAAUUAAUACAAUGUGUAACUAAAGUUUUGAAUUCUAAAAUUUUAAAAGAAAUUAAAUCUGCAAGUUUUGUGCAUGUACAAGCAGAUGAAACUACUGAUGUUUCAUGUCGAUCACAAAUGAGCAUAAUAUUUCGAUUUUUUAUAGAUCAAAAUAAUAUAGAAAGAUUUGUUGGAUUUUUUGAUGUUUCUAAAGACAAAACUGGAUCGGGCUUAGCAGAAGUGAUAAAUGUUGGAAUUAUAAAAUGGGAAGUAAGAAAUAAAAUCGUAAGUCAAACUUAUGAUGGAGCUUCAGUAAUGGCUGGAGGAAAAAAUUGUGUUCAAAAUAUAAUAAGACAAAUAUAUCCUAUCGAUCAACAAAAAAAAGUGAGCUUUUUAGAGAACAAGGAUUUAAACUAUCAAAUCAUAGUUAUACAAAAUGGAAUUAUCAUUCCAGAGCCGCUUCAACAAUUAAAAUUCAUUUUCAAGAACUAA